AUUGUUCGCCGAGCACGUUCUCUCAGUUCACGAUUUGGUGCGGUUCUGUGUGAGAAAAGUUGCGAGAAAAUUGCAUUUUGACCCAAUAAAUGGUGAAAUUGUGGCAUAAAAAGUAGUUGUGCAAGUGCCCAAAGUGUCUAUUGUGCUGUUGAGGUGGAAAAUAGUGUGAAAAACUGCACAUUUUUCGUCAAUCUGGCGAGAUGCAGCAGACAUGAAUGAAGCUGAUUCAGCAGGGGGGCCCCGAGGGCGAAGCUCAGCCCCUCCUGCUGCAGCUGACCGCAGAUCGUUGAAUUUGACAGCGGGCCCAGCGGUGCGUGUGAGUGGGGGAUCUGCAUUGAUAAAUCCACAGCAAAUGUCCCGUCUGGCCACGGACAAUCGUGUCCUGUUGAUGAGCAACAACAGCCCAAGUGGGCGAAAUCAGCAGCAGCAGCAGGUCAUUCAGUCCAGUGGACAUCAUCAGGGGAAUUUGAUAUUCAUAUCGACAUCGUCAACGGGAGGAGGAGGAGGAGGGGUAGGGAUAGGAGGAGGAGGUGGAGGAGGAACAGGAGAUUUGAAUAGUGGCAAUCUCAAUAGUAUUAGCACAAGUUUGAGUGGUGGUGUGGUGAUCAGGACUCAUUCGGCUGGCGGUGAGGCGUCCAGUGGUGGCAUCGUCAGUGUCGGCAAUGUGACUCUGACGGGUUCCACUGCGGCUGUCUCAUCCACAUCAACAUUGUCUACCUCAGUGCAGGAGGCGACAAUUGUUACAUCAACCUCGGCUGAUUUGCACAAUUUGCUGAGUGCACAGCGUAAGAGGGUUAAAGUUGAGGAUCAUCGUGAGAGUAUUGCUGCCAUAAAGAAGCGCAUCUUGGAGCACAAAUACUCACGAUUGAGGAGUUUGAAGGAUAAGCACACGGAGCAUGUGGCUGAACUAUUUUUCCUCCAAGCGUCUGGUAACAUGAUGGAUUAUCCGACUUGGCGAAAGAAGCCACAGACACCGGAGUUGAUUAAUUUCGCAAAGACAUGGAGAUUAGACCAAACAUCAAGUGCAUCUGAUGAUGCAACAGCCAAACUGCUCCAAAAUCCUGGACAAUCAUAUGGUACAGAAAUAAAAAUUCCUGGUGUUGGAGCAACUCCAGUGGCUGUUUCGACAACCCUGCCAACGGCUGUUGUUCAAUUGACACAGCAAGGAGGAACACCUUUGGUACCUGAGACAUCAGGAGUCGAAUCACCUGAUAAGAAGCCAAUACUGACGACCCCUUUGACCCCAUCGACCCCCACGACGCCCGUGACAGCUACGUCGGCGGGGACCGGAACUGGGGCACAGGAACAGUUUUCGGUGAAGGCCAAACAAGAGGUUUAUGUGAUGCAGCGUGUUUCGGAGUUGCAGCGUGAAGGCCUCUGGGCUGAGAAGCGUCUGCCGAAGCUGCAGGAGCCAUCGAGGCCAAAAGCACAUUGGGAUUAUUUGCUGGAAGAGAUGGUUUGGUUAUCGGCAGAUUUUGCCCAGGAGCGCAAAUGGAAGAAGGCUGCGGCAAAAAAGUGUGCCAGAAUGGUUCAAAAGUACUUCCAGGACAAAGCAUUGGCAGCCCAGAGAGCUGAAAGGGCUCAAGAGGCUCAGCUGAAGCGAAUAGCUGCAUUUGUGGCCAAGGAAAUUAAGAUUUUCUGGUCAAAUGUGGAAAAACUUGUUGAGUACAAGCAACAGACGAAGCUGGAGGAGAAACGAAAGAAGGCACUGGAUCAGCAUUUGAGCUUUAUCGUUGACCAAACGGAGAAGUUUUCACAGCAAUUGGCUGAGGGCAUGAAUAAAAGUGUUGUGGAUGGAAGUGCAGCUCCAAGUCUCAAUUCCAGUCGAAUCUCCUCGCCAAAGCGAUCAACGCAAUCUGAUGACGAAUUUUCUCCGGGAAAUGAAUUGUCAGACGAUGAUGAGGAGACAAUUGCAAAGGCAGAAGCUGAAGCAACGUGCGUCAAUGAAGAAAUCCUUGCCCUUCAACGCGAAUCCGAGAUGGAUUUUGAUGAUUUCCUCAAGGAACUGCCCAAGGAUUAUCUCAAAAAUCGAGAUAAUAUUGUGUUGUCGGAUGCAGACAAUGAAGAUGAUGACAGGGAGAAGACCGAUGAUUCAGCAGAUGAGGAAUUCAAGGCAACAGCUUCCAGCACUGACGACGAAGAAUCGAUAAUGGAGCAGGAGAAUAAGGAGAAGAACAAGGAUCACAAGAAGGAAAUUGCUGAGCUUGAGGCCGACAAUGAGAUGAGCAUUGAGGAUCUCUUGGCAAAGUACAAGAAUUUGCCAAAGACAGAAAAAAUGGAAGUUGAUUCUGAACAUUCGAAUGAAACAUCAGAUGACGAUGAACCAAGUGACAAUGCGAAUGAGGAAUCUGAGGAUGAGGAUGAGGAGGAAGAGAGUGAGGAGGAAAGUGAUGAGGAUGAGCAGAAGGAUGAUGGUUUGAGUCUCCAGAAUUUAUUCAAUGAAGACGGUGGAAACAACAAAGAUCAGUUGAUUGAUGAUGCAGCAGCAAUUGCUGAGAGUAUUCAACCAAAAGGAAAUACUCUGUCAUCGACAAAUGUUGUCACUGAAGUGCCAUUUUUACUCAAGCAUACGCUCAGAGAAUAUCAGCAUAUUGGAUUGGAUUGGCUUGUCACAAUGCACGAUAGGAAAUUGAAUGGAAUUCUGGCGGAUGAAAUGGGACUGGGUAAAACUAUUCAAACCAUCUCACUUCUCGCCCAUUUAGCUUGUUGCAAAAGUAAUUGGGGUCCUCAUUUGAUAAUUGUUCCGUCAUCUGUGAUGCUAAAUUGGGAAAUGGAGUUCAAAAAAUGGUGUCCGGGCUUCAAAAUUCUCACAUAUUAUGGGAAUCAGAAGGAAAGGAAGGCAAAGAGAAUUGGAUGGACAAAAGCAAAUGCCUUUCACAUUUGUAUCACAUCAUACAAGUUGGUCAUUCAGGAUCAUCAGAGUUUUAGGAGGAAGAAGUGGAAAUAUCUCAUAUUGGAUGAAGCACAAAAUAUCAAGAAUUUCAAGUCACAACGUUGGCAAUUGUUGCUAAAUUUUCAAACUGAACAACGACUUCUACUUACGGGAACUCCACUGCAGAACAAUUUAAUGGAACUCUGGUCUCUGAUGCACUUUCUAAUGCCACAUGUCUUUCAGUCACAUAAAGAAUUCAAGGAGUGGUUCUCGAAUCCAAUGACUGGAAUGAUUGAGGGCAAUUCAGAGUACAAUGAUUCCAUUAUUAAGCGACUGCAUAAGGUUUUACGACCAUUCCUCCUGAGACGAUUAAAGUGCGAAGUGGAGAAGCAAAUGCCUAAAAAGUAUGAACAUGUUGUGAUGUGCAGACUAUCUAAGCGUCAACGGUAUCUCUACGACGACUUUAUGAGUCGAGCGAAAACAAGAGAAACUCUUGCAUCAGGAAAUCUACUGAGUGUUAUCAAUGUCUUGAUGCAGUUGCGCAAAGUCUGCAAUCAUCCGAAUUUAUUUGAAGUUCGACCAACCAUCUCGCCAUUUCGGAUGGAUGGCAUCAAGUAUUGGACGGCUUCACUGGUCUGUAACAUCUUCGAUUACAAUCCACUGGAGCAAAUUGAUCUCCAUGCACUGAAUUUAGUGUUAGUUAAUUUAGAGCUAAGUCUCACGGCAUAUGUGGCACACAGAUCAAAGCAAUUGUCAACACCACGAAAGUUGAUUGAAGAGAUUGACACGGCUCCCGAAUUGCCACCGAGAUGUCCAAUGGGCAAGUUCAGGAUGCACGUUAAAGUGCGCGAUGGACGUGUUCAGGAAUCUCUGAGUGGUGGAAGUGUUAAAGUUGGCACGAGUCCGGCGAUGCGAAUGGAGGGAACGAAGUAUGUGCCGAUAACAAAGUUCCUAUCAGCGAAAGGAGGGAGUAAAAUGAUGGAGAGUGGUGGAGUAGGAGGAGCAGGGGCAGGAGAUAUGACAGUUGCCCAGUUUGUUCAAUCAUCCAGUGAUGGAGGAUCUUCGUCAGCUGGACAAAUUGGUGGGGUUCAGACAUCGACAGUUCUGGUCAAUAGCACGAGUCCGGGAGGUGCUACGACCAUCAAUUUGCGGCGGAGGCAUGAUUUGACGAAGGUUAUUGGAGAGAAUACGGGAAUGAUUGUUCAGACGUCCAAUGGGAGGCAUAUUUUGAUUCCAACAUCCUCGACACCUGGUACAGCAACGACAGUUCUUACGCAGAAUGGACAGAGAUUAACUGUGGUUAGCAAGAAUAUUGGACAGGUGAACAAGAUAACACAGCAUGUGAUCACAAAACCCAUCUUCAAGAUGUCCCCAAUUGUUACUGGAAGUACUCAACCGCUGGCAGCUGUUGUCGCUCAGCAGCUGAAGUACUAUUCAGCUCCGACGUCCGGACAACCAAUUUCUGUCAAUCAGACACCAGAAUCUGAAUUUGUUGUGAUGGAGACUGAAGAAGGGCGUCGUGAACGGAGAAUUCAUCAAUUGAAACUUCUCAGUCGGACAAAUAGACGCCGUGUAGAUGCUACUCCAAUUUACGGAGAAGAUCUCAGGGAGUCCAUACUGGAUCUCAAUCGAGGACCAGCCAUGGAGAGUAGUCCUUGGACGUGCAGAGGAUAUCAGACAUGCCAGUAUGCUAUGAUGCAUCAGAAGCGUGAUCUCGAUACGACUCUGGGUAGCACGAUAAAGACGUAUGAGGAGAGGACGCGAGAACUCAGAUCCAUCUUCAGCAAUUUUGUCACUUUUGUACCAAAUGUCUCAGCACCAAUGCCAACAUUGCACCUCUCGCAUCCGUCACCGUCCAGGCUCAAUGAAGAACUCGAUCAGCAGGUUGUUCUGCAGGAAGAGCUCUCAUCGAAGCUGGUCCUCUUGCAUCCCAUCAUCUCCGCCAUGAGCACUCAGUUUCCGGAUCCGCGACUGAUUCAGUAUGAUUGUGGCAAAUUGCAAACGCUGGAUCGUCUGCUGCGAAAGUUAAAAACUGAAGGUCAUCGAGUGCUAAUAUUCACUCAGAUGACACGAAUGUUGGAUGUACUGGAGGCUUUUCUCAAUUACCACGGUCACAUUUAUUUGAGGCUCGAUGGUACAACGCGCAUUGAGCAGCGACAGAUGCUGAUGGAACGCUUCAAUGGGGACAAGAGGAUAUUUGUGUUUAUUCUGUCAACACGAUCCGGUGGUGUUGGUGUUAAUUUAACUGGUGCUGAUACUGUGAUAUUUUAUGAUUCCGAUUGGAAUCCGACAAUGGAUGCACAAGCACAGGAUCGAUGUCAUCGGAUUGGACAGACAAGAGAUGUUCAUAUAUAUAGGCUAGUUAGUGAAAAGACAAUUGAAGAGAAUAUCCUUAAGAAGGCCAAUCAGAAGAGAUUACUUGGAGAUUUGGCCAUUGAAGGUGGAAAUUUCACCACGGCCUUCUUCAAGUCAUCCACCAUUCAGGAUUUGUUUAAUGUGGACACGAGUGUUAGUGAUGCGUCAUCGCGCUUCCAGGAGCUCAUUGAUCGGGAUAAGGAGCGCAAGCAGAAAUUGUAUGAAAGCAUAGCUGGACCCUCUUCCACGGCAACAACAACAACAACAACAGCGGCAUCUGAUGACAAUAAACAUCAGAAUGUUGGUGCCUUUGAGACAGCACUGGCGGCCGCUGAGGAUGAACAGGAUGUUCAGGCGGCUAAGACAGCCACAGCAGAGGCUGCUGCAGAUCUUGCAGAGUUUGACGAGAACAUUCCACUCGAGGACAUUGCAGAGAAGCCCCAGGAGGUUAGCAAGGCCGACCAGGAAGUGGAAAAUCUUAUGAAACAGUUGAGCCCCAUUGAGCGCUAUGCCAUGCGCUUUGUUGAGGAGACUGGUGGUGCUUGGACGGCUGAGCAACUGAAGGCGGCUGAGGCGGAAAUUGAGCAGCAGAAGCGUGAAUGGGAGGCAAAUCGGCAGGCGGCACUGCUGAAGGAGGAGGAGGAGGCAAAGCAGGCCGAUGAGGAGGAUAUUAUGCUAACAUACUCUAGUGAUGACGCCAAAAAUCAGAUAUGGAUAUCCGAUAAAACGGGUGACCUAAUGCCGAUGUGGUGUCCUCCGACUCCUCCCCAAGAUGACAAUGAUCUCUAUACGGAUUACGCUCUGGGGUAUUUGUAUGAAAUGGAAACAAUGUCAGAGUCACAGUUGCCUCCGGUUUACGUAAAGAAAGAGUACAAGAGAAGUCGAACGGAAGCUGGACUCUAUGUUGACAGUAGACGGCAGGUGAAAGUGCGCAAGGAGGACACUUACUAUCCUCCUAGGUCGCUCUUUGAUCGUCCAUCGCCGGCUUUGGCUAAAAUGCGUCGGGAUUUGAAGUUACAAAAAUACCGAGGUAUCUUUAAGCCCACUCUUCACAUGGCAGCCGUUAAGCAUCAAAUGACACCCGUGAAGCCUCUGGUUGAGCCCGAGGGUAUGAUUGAGUGGUUCAUCUAUGAAGAUAUGGCUAUGCUAAAUGUCAUUCAGAAUUUGCAAGGAUUCAAUUUGAGUUUGGUUUUGGUUAGUCCGGGGCAUACGCCAAAUUGGGAUCUUGUAGCGGAUAUUGUCAAUCAGACAAGUCGAACGUACAGAUCACCAAAGCAAUGUAGGUAUCGGUAUGAGGCGGUUAUAGUGCCGCGAGAAGAGGGAAAAUUGCAGGAGAGUCCGAAGAAGCAGAAGAAGAAUAAGCAUCCGCCAAAGGGAAAUAUUAAAAAUUGCCGGGCAAUGAGAACAAGUCAGUUGUACUCUAGUGACAAUAAUAGCUCUUUUACGAAGUUGAUGAGGCAGAAAUUUGACAAUAUCAAAACGGUAAUGGUGAAGAAGGCGCCACAGUUGAAGCAGAUGCUUGUGAAUCCCACCAUGAAGAAUCCCAAACAUGCAGCUCUGUUGGCUGAGUAUGGCAUUACAAAUUAUGACAAUCCUCCGAGUCCUAUGGAAAUUGCCCAGAGACGGGUUGAUCGAAUUGCCAAGGAGAAGCAGAAGAAUAUGCCGAGUCAGUCAGCUGCUCAGAUGCCAGAACUGACAGCAACGGCCAGUGGAGUUGGUACGUCAAAUCAACAAAUAGCAACAAGGCAAGAGAUCACAGUUCCAGCUGUGCUACAGCAACCACAGACAAUUGUUGUACAGCAACAGAGUCCUACUGUGCUGCAGACAGCUGGGGUUACUCCUGUAGCGGCUCUCGUGCAAUCCUCAGCUCCACUGCAGACCAUCAGGGCUGUUCAGUCAGCUGUUAACAUAUCUCAACAACAGAGUCCACAGAUUGUCAAAGCGAUCGUGGCUUCGGGACAGAACAUCAUUGCAACUCCUGUUCAGCAAAUUGCUGUGGCUCAGGCAUCAGCCCAGGGGGCUGGUCAGGGGCAGCAAGGUAGUGGUCAGGCUGGGCAACAACAGACCCAGCAAACUGUUGUAGUUCCCUCGUCGGUGUCCGUUGUUCUGACAACGCCCGUCACUACAAUUUCCAGCGGUCAAACAACCCAGCAGAUUGUUUCCAUUCAUCAGGCCUCUGUGUCCAAUCCUGCUAGUUCUGCCACUGCUGGAACCCUGGUCCAGACCAUCGCAACGUCCGUUCCUCAGGUGAUGAGCGUUGGGCAGUUACCGACUGUCGGAACGGUCAUUGCUACAACAGCCAUCCCGCCAAAUGCCACAGUUGCAACCCUGACUACCUCAGCUCUCAGAGCACAACGAAUCGUUCCGGCAAAUCUGCAGGAAGUGGUACUGCAUCAACGGGCCGGUUCGCAAAGUCCAACGGUGGUGUCUGUUAGUGGAUUGGGUCAGGGAUUGACUCCAGCUCAGCUGCAAGCAGCUCAAUUUCGGCUGUCAAUGGCAGCAGCUGCAGCAGCGGGUGGACAACAUGUUGUGGCAACGGCAAAGGGUAUCCCUUUGGGAUCCGUAACAACAUCUCCAGCCAAUAAAGCAGUUACCUCAUCCCACCAGAUCCAGUUCUAUCGACAACAGUCGAUGCGACAACAACUAAAAGUUCUGCAUACAGCAACAGCUAGUGGGACACCAGGACAACAACAGUCAGGAACGGCUGCUGUUGUUCAGACAGCUGGAGGUCAGACAACGCUAGUUAGUCCGGCUGGAGCGAUAAUUCAGGGUGGAAUUGUCCAGGCGACUGGAAAUAUUGCACAGGCUGUGCAAGUGCAACAGGCAACGGGACAGAAGGUGGCUGUUGCAAGUGUUAGUGCAACUGGAGCUGUUGCAGCAAGUGGCGUUGUGACGAAUGUUGCAACGGUUCAAGUCACUCCGGGGCAGCAAACACGAACGCAAUUUAUAAAGCAAGUAGGUGGAAAACAAACGACAAUCGCAAGGCAGGUGACGGACAAUGAGAUGCAGGCCAUCAUGAUGAAGCGUCAGAUAAUCAAUCAACAACAUAAGGGACAGGUGUUGCCACAGACGCAGAUCUUUGCACCUACGAGUGUUCAGAUGCAGCAAGCUACGUCAUCAGCGACGGUUGCUGUUGGAGCUCAGCAGACCGCUGCUGGUGUCAGUGUUGCCCAACAACAACAACAACAGCAGCAACAGCAACAACAAUCGUCACAGCAACAGCAAAUAGCUACGCUGGUGAAAACGUCAACGGGAACGGUUGCAGCGGCAGCUGCUGCUCCGGGAAUGACGUUUUCGCAGGUGAAGCCGAAUCAGCUGAAGGCGACGGCUAUUGCGAGUCAGGGUCAAGCAAGACCACUGCAGAUUCAGCAGCAGAUUGCAAUAACGCCACAGCGAAAGCCAAAAGUGGCUCAGAUAACUCAGGUGGCGGGAAAAGCGGGAGUUCAGACGCAGCUGAUCGUGCAGAAUCCAAAGGGUCUUCCGGUGACUAUGCAACAGUUGUUCAGGCAGGGACAACAGGGCAUUGUACUGAGCAAGAGUCGGGUGAUUCCUGUCUCGAUGGCGUCGCAACCGAACAAUCGGCAAACAAUUCAAGUGGUGACAGCUCCUCCGGGUGCGCAAACACUGCGGACUCAUGUUACCCCGGGAAAUCUCACGGGUACCCUCCAGGGAGCCAUUAAAGUGGCUGCUGCAGCUGGAGCUACUCCGGCUCAGCAGCAACAGGCUCUCCUCACAGCAUUCCAGAAUCAGCAGAAUCAGCGCCAAAAUGUGAGUCCUGUACGACUGCAGACAUCAUCUGGGGGUUCUCUUGUGGCUCUGGCCGUUCAGCAAGCACCCCAGAUUGUGUCUCAGUCUACCAGUGGUGCCAGCAAUAUUGUCGAAGUGGCGGCAAGUGGCACUGCUGGUAGCUCUGGUCAGACUCAGCAGCAGCAGCAGCAGCAGCAGCAACCGACGCAGCAUCAACAGCAAAAUCCUCAUCAUUCCCAGUCAAAAUAAAUAAGCAACUCCAAUGAGGGUGACUCGAGCCGCCCAUCCAUUUGAGACACUCUUCCAAGAGAGGAUUCUUAGUUUUUUUUUUAAUGGAAAAUUCUUGUCAAAAAAUUAUUUCUUUCAAUAUUUUGUUGUCACUUUGUUUUGAAGUUUCUUUUCUCACUUUUGUUUAAAAUGCAAUACUUUUUCUCUGAGUUAACAAAGUCACGUUCUGGUGCUAUUCCAAGGAAAAAUUAACAUGUUUUUUAGGACUUUACUGUUCUCAAGUGCUUCUGCAUUAUCGACUUUUCUUUGCAUUGGUUCCUGUCACGAGUGUUUGGCGGUUUUUAAGACACGGCAUAAAACAGUCGAGACAGGAACCAAUACAAAGUAAAGUCGAUAAUGCAGAAGCAUUUGAGAACAGUCUCGCAUAAAAAAACAUUAAUUUUUCAUCGGAAUUGCACCAUUAAACCUUUUUAAUUGCUCCUGUAAGAUUUUAAUUUUUUGUAGACAAAACGAAUUGCGUUUAUUUCUAAGAAAGUUGUAAGAAAUAUGUUUAAAUAUAGUUAAUAAAAAUAAAAUAAUAAAAUUCUGCGAGAUUGGGUAAUUGUUAAUUAAUAGAGUGAUACAUCAGAAAAAUUUAGAAAACAAGUCAGAAAAAAUGCGUGUAUGUGUAUAAAAAGUUUUAAAAAAGAAAAGUUAGAGAGAAAAGAAAUAAAUAAUGAUUAAAUAGAAAUGUGGCACUCAUAAAAGAAAAUUUGAGAAAGAAAAGAAGUUUUAUGAAUAAAAAUAAUUUUAUGUGUGCUGUAUUUCGUUAAUUUUCUUAUUCACAAUGUGAAAAUGUACCUUUUUGAGUGCAAAGGAGACAGUUGAAAUUUUCUCAUUUCACACAAAAGAGAGACUUUUUUCUUAAAAAAAAAACUAAAAACAAAAAAUAAAACGCUUAUCUCGCAAAAAUUAGAGGAAAUUUACAGAAGUAGCAACGUGAACAUUAGAUCCUUUUGUAAACUAAAGUUCUUACUCAUUGACUAAAUAUGUUAGAAUUUUUUUUUGGUGGAAGUUGAAUGAGAACGAAAAUAGAACCCUAAUUUUAUUGUAUUACUUGCAAAAAUAUUCAGUAAGAUGUAAAUGAGAUACCAUUUCUGUGAGCCAUCAUCUUUUUUUUAUAUAACCAAGAUUCAUAAACUUAAGAGAUGAUUAAUUUUCCGUCUAAUAAUCUCUUCUCUCGUCUGAGCGUAAGAUUAGUGUGAAGGGACAAGAGGUAAUGUAAAUGUAUGAGUUCUAGGAUUGCAAACAAAGAAAAAUUCAAAUACAAAAAGAAGAGAAUCUUAA